GUUUUUUGCGCGUUGUUGCAGCAGAAGAAGAAAGAAAAAGCAGAACAAAAUUUUCAUUUUCCGAUUUUUUCAUUUGUGAGCAUGUUUUAAGAAUUUAAUAAUAUAGUGAACAGAAUAAACAGAAAAUAACUAUUAAAUUAAAAACUAAUAAAAAUAUCAAAUAUAGAAAAUGUCGAAGAAAAUGUCUCGUUACCCCAGUGAUCGUAAAGUUUAUAUUGGUGACCUGGGAAAUAGUGCUCGAAAAAAUGAAUUGGAAUAUGCAUUUGGUGCAUAUGGUCCUUUGCGUAGCGUUUGGAUUGCGCGUUCACCGCCAGGAUUUGCAUUUGUUGAAUUUGAAGAUGCCCGUGACGCGGCGGAUGCCGUAAAAGGUUUAGAUGGCCGUACUAUAUGUGGCCGUAGAGCUCGUGUAGAAUUGUCUACCGGCAAGAGCGCAAAAACAGGAGGCGGACGUAGUGGAGGUGGUGGUGGCGGUGAUCGUAGAGGUGGUGGUGACCGUUACGGCAGCAGUGGUGGCAGAGGCAUUGGAGGUGGUAGAAAUGGUGGAGGUGGUGGUGCUGGAGGCGGCGGUGGUGGCGAUAGCAAAUGCUACGACUGUGGUGACCGUGGACACUAUGCUCGUGAUUGUCAUCGUCAUGGCCGUAGCAGAAGGCGUCAUACCCGCAGUCGUUCACGUAGCGCAUCGCGAGGUCGCAACAGGUCUCACUCCAGAUCAGCAUCAAGAUCCCACAGUCGUUCUGUGUCUGCAACUAGAGAAACAUCACGCAAAGUUAGAGAAACUUAUGGUCGUACUAGAGAAAAUGGACGUGGUGAAAAUGGUGAUUCCUACCGAUACAGUGAUGAUGAACGUAACGGAGGUGCAGGAGCAGCUGCAGUAGAUUCACCAUCACCCAAGCGACGUUACGAAGACGAUUCGCCAUCACCGAAACGAAGCACUCAUUCAAAACGUAGUCGCACAGAAUCUCGUAGACAUGGAGGUGGCGGCGGUUCAUCAAUUUCACGUUCGCGCUCAAACUCACACAGAGAUUAGCAAUUACUGAGCAAAAAUCAAUUAGCAGCUUAUAUAAAGUAAAAAAGAAUAUAAAAUCCCAAAAAUAUACAUUUUCGAUUUUCUAAUUUUUACUUAUUUACGGAUAUAAAUACAUAUUAUAUAAAAAAUAAACAGCUGCUAAAGAAGAAAUGAACCUAGAAUAUAGAUGUUACACACUACUAAAACAAUUGAAACAAAAAAAAAAACAAUGAAGAAAAGAAAUUUUUUUUGAAAUACACUGUGUAGAAGUGUUGAAACUUUUAUGCCAGUAUUUAGUGAAAAGACUUUAAAUUUGCAAAAUAACAUAUUUUUUAUUUUAAUGAGUUUUCUUUUAUAAGUUUAUUCCUUAUUUAUAUAUAUCAUAUAUCUUUUAAAUUAUGUAUUUUCGGACAAAGCUGCUUUUAUGAGUUUUAUUUAUUUAAAGCAAAAACACCAACUAGAAUAGCAGCAGCCAAAACUAAGUCAUACAUUAAAGUCAUCAACAAACAAAAAAGAAAAAAUCUUUGAAACUUAUGAUUUUCUUUACCACACUCUUUUUACUUGAAUAAUUUCACUUCUGCCAUUCAGUCGGUCACCAAAUCGUGGAAUUUAGUUUAAUAUUUAGAAGACUAAAUAAAGUCAAUCUUCCUACUUUUAGCACUUCCAUGUAAGCAAAAAUCAAUAUUUAUUCAUGGUUUUGUAUUGUAUUAUAAAAUAUAUAUAUAUAUAAAAAAAAACAUUAAAUGAAUUUGUAUUUUCAAUAUAUUCUUCAAAUAAUUAUGUAUUACACACAUACAACAUUCGUCAUAAACACACACAUACAAAAAACAAUAUAUUUAUUGAGGAAAACAAAUAAAUGGUAAUUAAAUCAAUAUACAUAAAUUAUAUUUCAUAUUUUUUCGUUCAAAUUAAGUCUUUUUUAAAAAUGAAAAAAUCACCGCAAGAAUAAAUAGAUCUACAGUAAAACCAACCAACCAACCCAUACACUUCCUAAUAAAAUGUCAUUUUGAUUUGUAACCAUUAAGCAUAAUUUUGAUCAAUAAAAGAUAAAGAGUAAAAAAAAUCCAUAAAUAUAUAAA